GGCUGCAUCGCCCCGCCCGGCGGCUGGCUACCCGUCCGCUCUUGUUCAACCUCAUAAGCCAAGUUGCCAUUGACCGGUCGUCUCGAGGCGCUGCCAGCCUCUUGUCCGUCGCCCAACCCCUUUUUGGUCCCCUAGGCAUGGCCGGCGUGCAGGCAAUUGAUGCCUUGGACGCCUCGGGGCAGCGGGCUUGAACCGGAGGAACAUCCGCAUCCCCAUCCUCAUCCCACACCAACGCCGCUUGGUCUUCCCCGUCCCGUGUCCGCACGUGUCCAUGUGGCAGGAACCACAGGCAAGCGCAGCUUACUCAACCAGCCCCGCGGGCUCGCGGUCAACGCCAGUCUGAGACGGCCUCCUCCGCGGAACAAGAUGGAUGGCCUUCCCAUCACGCCUGCCACCCAGUCCUCCCAAGCGCCCCCGCCGUCCUUGAACUCGCUGGUCUCGUCGGCCUCGAGCCUCAGGAAGGAGCGGGGAGCCAUCGCAGCCCAGGCCUGCGACACUUGCCGGAGCCGUAAGCAGAGAUGCGACGAGCAGCGCCCCAAGUGCGGCACAUGCCAAAAGUUUCGCCUCGAGUGCAACUACCGGGAACCUCAGCCAACCAAAAAAGACAGGACGCUAGUCGAGAUACUCGACCGAAUCAAGAAUUUGGAGGGCAAAAUUGACAACUUGAGCCGCCGCGGGGCAGGUCCGCCGUCAACGCCGGCCUACUCCGCCCAGCCGAACUCGCUGCCCUCCCCACUCCCCGCUGCUCCGGCCAUCGCGAGCGCGUCUGCUGCCCCAAACUCAGCAUUCCAGUUCUCAGACACGUCCAGCGUCGCAACGGGAAGCGAUAAUUACUACCAAUAUGUCCCUUCCGUUCAUCAGAUGCUCAAAUGGCCGGCCAUACGACAGCUUUUCGCUUCGGUACAGCCCAAGCUACCGAACAUCGACCUGUCUUCGCUUGAGCGAGAGGGGCCGGCCAGCAUCGUCGCUCUUCGCCGCUCCACAACGCAAGGCUUGCUGACAGACACUUCCGUUCCCGCCGGACGAGGCUCUGGCAUCGGCCUUCAUAACCCGAUGAAUGCCCAGGCGCCGCUGAAUCUUUCGAAUCCGAACUGGGAAGCUAUGCAGAAGCUGAGCAAGGCCUACUUCGACACCUUCAACCUUCUCUGUCCCAUUCUCAACCGCCAGUCCUUCAUGUCCGACACGUUGCCUGCCCUGUUCAACAACGGCUUCAAUCAAGAUAUAACGGCAACUGUCGCGCUUCUUGUCUUCGCCUUGGGGGAGGUCGCCAUCGCAGGAGUCGAAGGACUUCCCGUUCAUGCCUACAACGGCCGCUCGAGCGGCAUAAGGGGGGGCAGCAAGGACCGACCUCCGGGUUUGGAAUUGUUCAACGAAGCGAGGCGGCGCAUGGGUUUUCACUUGACAGAGUGCAGCCUCGAGAAUGUCCAGAUCUUUGAGCUUGCGAGCAUCUACUACGGAACCUGCUUCUAUCCCCUGGCUUUCUGGAGGAUGACUACUUCCGCAUCUAUGGCCUGCCAGGCGCUCAUUACGAGCCAUCCUGGCGUGUUGUCCUCGGGGCAGGCCGAUCUAACGCGGCGCGCAUUUUGGCACUGUUCGAUCAUGGAAAGCGGCCUGAAUCUUGAGCUUGGAUUUCCUCUCACGGGGUUGGACAAGAUGGAAUCUGUUGUUGGCCUGCCCGACUUCAGCGCCCCGUUCUCCGACGAAGACUACAUCAGCAACCAAGAGUCGCAUUUCCAGGAGCAUUUUGCUUCCCAAAUCGUUCUCCGGCGACUCUUGGUGGACUUCCACGGCGUCUUGAGUCAAACAUCCUCGUCGAUCGGGCCGACAUCUGGGCCGUUCAGCCCAGUAGCGGCCUAUUCUGGGGUCAAUCAGGUCACAAUACGCCAGCUUGCGCUGCAACUCGAACAAUGGCGCGGCAUGCUCCCUGCUCACCUGCGAUGGCACGAGGACUCGCUGGAGUCCUUCCCAAACUCUGGCGAGGAGGUGUGCAACACGGCGCUCUUCACCCCGGCAGCCACGCCCGUGUCGCCCGCUAUCCCUACGGCGCAGCCCGCCCCCGCCUCCGCCGUGACCGCCCGGUUCAUGUUCACCACCGACCUCGACGCACCGCCGCCACGAUACCCCUACGUCCUCGACAUCCAAGCCGCCCUCCUGCGCUCGCGGUACUACUACACCAAGUACCUGAUCCACCGCCCGUUCUUGUACAAGGCGCUGCAGCACCCGGACGCCGUGGGAAACGACGACGCGGUCGGCGCGGCCGAGUGCCUCAAGGCGUGCCUCAAGUGGCCUGUAGCCAUGUCGCCCACCUGCCGACACAAGCGACUUGUGCCGUGCAGCUUCUUCUUCACGCAGAACUUCUUCGGCAUCCUCGUCCUGCUGCACCUCAGCACCACUGUGCCGAUCCUGCGCCGAAUCCGCAGCACACUUUGCGGCGAGCGCUUUGAGAUCGAUGCGGCCGAGACGGUCGGGUUGUACUUGGACUGGCUGCGUGAUCUGCAUGUUGUCGACGCCAGCACCCAGUGGCAUUGGGAGAUUAUCAAGGCGAUCUACGGGCUGGACAACUAAGUGGCGGAACUGUUCUUGGUGUGUUUUGUCUCAGCAUAAAGAGGAUAUGUGGGAUGAGAAUGUGGGAUAGAUCAAGGAACUUGGAGGGGUUGGAGAGAACCCUUGUAGCGUAGGGUAGUACAGGGCAGGAUGGCAUGGUGGGCACGGUGGGCGAGGGGCGUCG